GGGGCCCCCUACCGGGCUCGGCGCCGCCGCCGCCGCCGCAUCCGGGGCUCCGUCCGGCGGGUGACGUAAAGCUAUAAAGGCCCGCAGCGCCUUUGUUCGCCCCCAUUGCGCAGUUGCGGAUCGGUGCGGGCGGAGUAGGUCAUUUACAGAAUCAAAAUGGUUGAAGCAGAUCGUCCUGGGAAACUCUUCAUUGGGGGCCUGAAUACAGAGACUAAUGAAAAAGCCCUUGAGGCUGUAUUCGGCAAAUAUGGACGCAUCGUGGAAGUCCUUUUGAUGAAAGAUCGGGAAACAAACAAGUCCAGAGGAUUUGCGUUCGUCACGUUUGAGAGUCCAGCAGAUGCAAAAGAUGCUGCCAGAGAUAUGAAUGGAAAGUCAUUAGAUGGGAAGGCAAUUAAAGUGGAACAAGCAACCAAGCCAUCCUUUGAAAGUGGUGGUAGGCGUGGGCCACCACCCCCUCCCCGAAGCAGAGGUCCUCCCAGGGGCCUUAGAGGCGCAAGAGGCGGAAGUGGCGCGAGAGGACCACCUUCAAGAGGGAGUCACUUGGGGUCUUCUCGAGGGCCACUUCCCAUGAAGAGGGGUCCACCUCCACGAAGUGGAGGCCCUCCACCUAAAAGAUCUGCACCUUCAGGACCAGUGCGUAGCAGUAGCAUGGGAGGAAGAGCUCCUGUGUCACGUGGAAGAGAUGGUUAUGGUGGUCCUCCACGCAGAGAGCCAAUGCCAUCACGGAGAGAUGUCUACAUGUCUCCCAGAGAUGAUGGCUACAGCACUAAAGACGGUUAUUCAAGCAGAGAUUAUCCCAGUUCCAGGGAUACCCGAGACUAUGCACCACCUCCCCGAGACUACGCAUAUCGUGAUUAUGGUCACUCCAGUUCACGUGAUGAAUACCCCUCCAGGGGAUAUAGUCUUUCCUCCUAUAGUGAUCGUGAUGGAUAUGGUGGUGGACGUGACAGAGACUACUCGGAUCAUCCCAGUGGAGGCUCCUACAGAGAUUCAUAUGAGAGUUACGGUAACUCACGUAGUGCUCCACCUGCUCGAGGGCCCCCGCCAUCAUAUGGUGGAAGCAGUCGCUAUGAUGAUUACGGCAGCACACGAGAUGGAUAUGGAAGCCGAGAAAGUUACUCAAGCAGCAGAAGUGAUGUCUACUCAAGUGGCCGUGAUCGUGUUGGAAGACAAGACAGGGGUCUUCCCCCAUCCAUGGAGAGGGGCUAUCCACCUCCUCGGGAUUCUUACAGUAGUUCAAGCCGCGGGGCGCCCAGAGGUGGCGGCCGUGGUGGAAGCAGAUCCGAUAGAGGUGGAGGCAGAAGCAGAUACUAAAAACACUCUUAAACUUUUGGACCAAGACAGAUUAUUUCUCAAAUGUGGAAGCUGUUCUAUCUUUACUACCAGAGGACUACUAAAAGGAAAAGUUGUUUUUAACCUUUUUUUAUUGUUGCCUGUUAAGUUUUUUCCCUCCAUGACUUUUAUGCUUUUGUGAGAAAAAGUUGAAACAAUGUUUAAUAUCAUUUCAAAAUUGUUAACAUUUCUUUCAGAAAGCAGAUGUUAAAUGUAUAAGCUUGAGCUGUGUACUAGUGUUGUAAUUUUCAAAGUAAAGUUUCCCUGAAAUGCCACACUUCCAUCUGAUUUUCGUCAUGAAUGGAACAAGCUGUUCUUAAGAUCUUCUGCACAACAUCCAACCAUCUAACAUGGAGAUGGAUUGUUCUACAUGUUCAGCAUCUCAUUCUGAAAAUAUUGCUUGUGAUUUGGAGGGUGGUGGGGAUGAUUCCACAUAAAGCUCAGUUGUGCCUAGAAUUUGAAGUCAAAGUAUUCCCAGUACAAAAUGCCUUCAGAUCCUUGUGUAAAGAAAAAUAGAGGAUUUCAUUCACUUUAACCAAAAAAGCAAGUGGAUAAUACUAUAUUCUGCCUUCCUUCUGUUUCAUGGGGAGUUUAAAAAGAUCUCCCCUGCAAAAAAUCAUGUUCAUGUAAGUCAGCUACAAAAUACUGUUUUAAAAAAAAAACAAUCCGCAAACCAUUGACCAAUUCCAUCAAAGAAGCUGCAAAUCGAUGCUUACUCACACUGUUUCAAAUUUUUGCAACUCUGUAGUGUUUCACUUUUAAAGGAACAUCUUUUGAUUCCAAAGGAGAAAAUAAGAUAAGCAAAGAAGUCUUUCUCUCCAACUUCUGAAAGGCUUAUGGCUUCCUAAAAUAAGUGAAUCUUUCAGCAUUCCACAGCUGAUUAAGAGCAUCAAAUGCCUGUGAAACAGCAAAGAUGGGGGGUAACUUCUAGAAGAUACCACUGAAAUAACACUGGUUCAUCUGUUGACGACAGACAUGAGUGGUGCCUGUACCAAUACGUAAGUUACAGUGACUAGAAGUGGCAGUGCAGCAGUGGAUGUGCAUUGGAAAAUCAAAGGAUAACAAAUCACAACUGAUGCAGCCUGGCUUUUGAGUGUAGUGUUGCCCACCAUUUUCUAGAGGAAUGUGUAAGCAUUCAGGAGUUGCCUUUGAAAGUAGCACCACCGAUCUCUUGGACACACAUAAAAUUUCUGGUGGAAGCCAACCGCUGUCUGCUGUAGCUCGCACCUUGCAGCAGUCCAGAGUGGGCUGGUUCAUUGCUCAUUGCACACACAUCCUGCAGCAGUGAAAUACUUUGGUUGCCUUUUAUGUGUGUGCUUGCCAUUUAUGCUGAUAAAAAGAGCAAGUUACACAGAAGUGAGUCUUAGUCCACUUGAAUAAAGAGGACUUCACCAAGAAACCACGGAAAGUUCUGUUAUAUUGCAUUAACAGUUUUGUCCCAGCUUUCUGGAUGAGAGGAGGGGAGUGUUGCUGUGCAGAGACAAUGUUGGUGAUUAAUGGCCCAAAUAAUUAGUGUUCCUCUAUGUACACUGGGCAUCUUGGUGCUUUCCUUCAAAACUUUGUCUUGAUUUUGAUGCAUUUGUCUCUUACAUACAUGUUAAAGGGCCAGUGUGUGUGAGAGGAAUCCUCAGGCAUUGGUAUUUCAUGUAGAAAACUCAUAAACAAUCAUGGAUAAUAAAAUUUAUACUGACUUCUGUGAUAGACAUAAACUGAUCUCAUUUAAACAACCCUCAGUUCAUAGUAGCUAAAGAAGAAAAAGCAUGCAUACCUUGUCUAGAGAUUAGAUAAAACUUUAUGUUUGGGGUGAGGAUAUCACUUUCAACUCAGUUAUGGGCUGCAGAUUCUAGGAGUAAAUCUGUGUAGCGGAUGUAGAAUUGCAGUAUUUUCCAGGGCAAAUAAAUUUACUGUUAACAAGUA